CAUGACUGAACAUAAAGAAGAAGAGAAAGGAGGAAGAGGAUCUGAGUAGCCCUAACCAUGGCUGGGGUGAAGCCCCUUCAAAACGCAAUGAAAAUGGCCAAAGCAGCAAUACAGCUGGACGGAGGCAACAAACAUAAGGAAGCUUACUGUGAAUACCUCCGGACGAUCAAUUACAUAUCCCAUGCACUUUUGGAGGAAGCUGGUUCCCAAACCUCAGAGGAGAGGGAGAUGGUGGCGGUGGAGGUGGAGCGGAUGUUGAGGCUGGCUGAGCAGUGUCUGGAGAGAGCCAAGUCAUUUAUAGGGAAGAGCGCUGAACCCCCUGACCUCUCUGCCUCCGUCUCCGCUUACUGUUCACCUGGCCAAUCAGAACCCCAUCAGACUGCUGUCAUUCCAGCUGCCAUUGCAGCAAACACUGUCCCUCCAUCUGAUACUCCUGUUGACGCAGGGCGUAAAGCAACCAGCCCAACAAAGACCGGUCACCGCAGGGUGUUGUCAGAUGGUGGCGGGGAGCGCUCUCCUUUUCUGCCUCCCGAAAUCUUCCAGAGACUACAGGCAGUGGUGUCACAGGACACAAGCAAAAAGGAGUUGACACCGAUUGAAGAAGCAUCCCGUUUGAACCAGAAGUUGAAAGCCAAUUAUGAAGCUCGUCUGGCAAGGCUCACACCUGGUCAGGCCUACCAGAAGACGUCUUUGACGCUCUCUCUCCAGCGGCAGAUGAUGGAGAACCUCAUCAUAGCCAAGGCCAGACAGGAUGCUCUCCAGCGGAAGAUGGAGGAGAGAAGAUUAAGGCUACAGGAAGAGGCCAACAGGAGAUUUGCAGCAUCUGGUGCAAUGACUGCAGAGGAGCAAGAGCAGCGUAUUCUCUAUACUAAUGUCCUGGAAUAUGAGCAAGACCAUGAUUGGCCCAAACUGUGGAAAGCCAACAUGAGGAAGAAUCCUGAUGAUGUCACAUUAGUGUCAGGUCUGGUCUCCUACCUGCUCAGCCGGUCUGACCACCCAGUGGUGAAGCUGCUAAGGAAACACCAGUACCGGGUUUACAACAGGCUCUACCCCAUCGUCAGUAAAGGCCUCAUCCAGAGUCCUGCCCUGCAGCUGAGGCCUUCUCGCAGCACUCACAACCUGCUUCAUCCAGAGACCCAGAGGAAGCCAACCAGGACUGUGGGCAGUAGCGUUGGUGGCCAGAGCUUCAGCACCGGCUCUUCCCCCUCACUCUCUCAAGACCUCCACACCAACUAUGACGAUGAGGAAGGGGAGGAGCCUCACACACAGGUGACGGUGGAUCGGGAGAACUCGUUUGAAGAUCUGGAGCAGUUCCUGACCCCGUUGGACUGGGCCCCACCCUACGGCAGCACAGAUGACACCAGCUCAGAUUUCGAAGUGACCGUUGAUCCCUCGAUACAGCUGGAGCAGGAGGAGGGAAACAUCCAGGAGCUGGAGAUGAGAGCAUUGACAGACCACCUGAAGGCCAUUGUCAAAGACAUUCACAUUGCAAUUGAUCAGCUUCUGUCACUGUGUUUGCUAUCCUUUGAGUGUUUAAACACAGCCAGCUCUAAAGACCUGUGCCUCGCCAGCAUAGAGGAAGCCUUCUUCACGCCCCUGUGGAGCUCCCUGGUGGCUCUUUUCAGAAAGGUCCACAGGGAAAGGGAGCAGGCCUUUGAGACGAGUAUGAAGCUGUACUGGGAUGUUACACCUGGAGAUGUCGGUGUUCCCUUGAAACUGUUCCCUCAAGACCCUGGUGCAUUGCAAGGUUCCUUCCCCUACGAGUCUGCUGUUCAGGAGCUUAAGCUUCUCAUUACAGACAGCUGUCCACAGAGGAAGUUGGAAUGUAUUGUUCGAACAUUACGGCUGAUCUGUGUCUGCGCUGAGGAUUACAGGUGUCUUCAUGAGGUGGACUCUACUACCAAAACAGCCGCCAUUGGUGCAGAUGACCUGUUGCCCAUCCUGUCUUACGUGGCUCUGCGGUGCCAAUGUCCUCAGCUGGUGUCUGAAUGCGCUGCUUUGGAGGAGUUCAUUCAUGAAGGCUAUUUGAUAGGAGAGGAAGGCUACUGUCUGACCUCCAUGCAGAGUGCUUUGGCCUAUGUUGAGUCAUUGCACACAGGAGGAGCUCACCUUCCUGCAGACAAGCUCAUUUGAAAGGCUGCUGCAGUCACAAGAGACAGUUCAUCCCACUUCCCUGCUGUGCUACAGUCAACAGCUGAACCUGCAGCUCCCUGCAAGUUGUGCAGAUGCGUUAUCUUGUAUAUACACAGAGAUACUGUAUAUUUAACAGAAGGACUUCUUUUUGCUCUGUUUCCAACAGACAACAAAACCAGUGCCUAUGAGUUUAUUCUAACCAAGUCAGACCCUGCAUGGGGCCAAACUGGGCUUUGCUGGGACCUCCUAAGGAUGUGUUUUCAAGCUGUAAAGCAUUGUUGCAUUAACUAGCACUGGAUUGUUAAAGGGACUGUGAUUGAGGUUGGAGUUAUCUUAGGGAACCUUUGGAAGUGAUGCCAUUGACUAUAUGAAUGCUUACAGAGGAAAAAUCUGCCAUAUGGUUUACUAAUGGGGAAAUAUAUUUAUAAACCAUAUGGCAGGUUUUUCCAAAGAUUUGAAAGUUUUUAUGUACCCUGUGACAUUUUUUUCUUCUUACAAAAAAACAUGCAAAGUCAUAAAUUAGUGUGUUCAUGUUUUAAGACCGGUGGCAAAAUCCAUCCACAGAAUAUGAAUUAAAAAUACUAAUUUACGCACUUUUGGGUGGUAAAGCCUUCAGGGCUGGAGCUACAGUACACUGGAUGAUGGUUUGGGUUCAGAUAGAUCUAUUUGCAGACAGAUGGGACAGAGACAGUGAUUGUCAGAGAUGCGAUGUAACAGGGACAGUGUGAGACACUGGAAGAGCACAAGACUAACUGCUGUGUCUAACUGCUGUGAAAGGUCCAGUUUGGGGCAUCUGUUGACAGUUACUGUGUACAGGAAUAUUGUUAGGUAGUACUUACUGUACGUAGUAAUACUGUUGCACUUCGUUAGUUGGUCCACUUUUAAGUGUGUGUGUGUGUGUGUGUGUAUGUGUGUGUGUGUGUUGUAAGACAAUUUGCAAGCCACGCCGCAGAUACAUGUGACUUACGUUUACCUUAAAUUCAUUUUUUUUAACGCCAAGGUUCAAAAUAAGCAAACCCCCCAAGGGAAGGUUAAAAGAGAAACUCAUUUCACAGCCUAUUUUUAUACUUUUCACCCAUUUCCCAAUGCUUCACUUGAUGCCUACAGUUGCCCCAAAUUCACAACCAUAGGAUGGGAGCAAAAUCCCACUUAUAUAUUUGGAAAUGAAUUAUCCACCGUUUCUUGAGGCACUUAGAAAAUAUUAGAUGUAUGGUAUUAAAGACAUUUUAAAAUACUUUUCUAUGAAGUCCUUCAAACACAUUCAAAUAUCUUUAUGGUGUGUCACAGCAGAUGAUGGGCAGUGAUUUUAAAUUAUACUGCAUGUGUUAGAAGUGGGCUAAAAUAUGCAAAAUUUGUUUAGGUUGUGUUUGAAGACACUUAAAGCAGACUUGCCUCCAGUGUCACUUACAGACUGAAAAACUACAGUUUUAUUAAGUGUUUGGUUUGUUUGCUAGCUUGAAUUUACUAUGUAAUUUUUAUUUUUAUUUUAUAUGGGUCUAUACGAUGUGAAAAGAUGACUUAAGAACCAUUUUGGAUUUGUUAACACUACAUUGACAGUCACAUUAACACCAAAAACAGAUUUAUGUCUAUGUAAUAAAUAUUUAUGUAAAUAUAUUAAAAAUGGCAGGAUGCUAUGAUAUUUUGCAGAGUGGAUUAAGCCACUACAUUUGUGUAAAUGAUUGGCCAUCUUGCUUUGCUUUUGAAAACUGAAUGUGUUAUUUCAUUAUUAAACUGUUUUACUGUGAAAGGUUGGGAAUGUUAGAAUGAGAAUGAUUGUGUGUUUGAGAGAUGGGUCAAUAAAGAGAACAGAGAAAUGUUUAA